AUGAUCCGUGGCUACGUCGACAGCGGGCGCGCCGACGAGGCGUUCAGGCUCGUGCGCACGAUGAGGGAGCUCGGAGUCAGGCCCAGCGACUUCACAUUUUCCAUUCUUUCGUCCGCCGUCUGCUCUGCUCGCCACGGGAUGCAGGUUCAAGCAGCCGCCGUCCGCCAUGGCUCCGCUCAUCGCAGCGCUGUGGUCGGAAACACGCUCAUCGACAUGUUGGCGGCGCGUCGGCCUCUUCGCAAUAUCGCCGUGCGCGUGUUUCGGAGCAUGAAUCAGCGGGACAUUGUUUCUGUCAACUCUGUCAUGUCAGUGUACAAGGAUGAUGGCCAGAGCAGCCAACUGUUUGAGUGCUUCCAGACCAUCAGGAGCCUUGGGCUUUCGGUUGACGAGUUCAGUGUAUCAGCGGCGCUCAGCAUGUGCACGGAUGAUGAGGAUUUGGCUAAGGGCGGCCAGAUCUUGGCCCUCUGUGUCAAAAUGGGGCUCCUAUCUCAUUUGAUUGUUUCUAGUGCUGUUAUUGACCUGCUAUGUGUGUGCGACAGGCUGGCUGAUGCUGUUCGGUUUUUUUUUCAAAGGAAUGGCGGCAUGGGUCCGUCAGAAACUUGUAAUGCGAUGAUUUCAGGCUAUGCCAGGGGCGGGACCAUGGAACCAGCUCUGGAGCUCUUUUUGUUGUCACUGCGAAAGGGUAUUUGUCCAACUGGGUUCACCUUUGCUAGCCUGCUGAGGUGCAGUUCUUGUUUUGGUUUGCUGGAGCAGGGAACUCAAAUCCAUGCUCUGGUUUCUAAACUAGGGUUCGAGGAUGAUGUAAUUGUUGCCACUGCCCUCGUUGAUAUGUACUGUAAAUUAGGUUCUGUGAAUCAUGCCAGGAUACUCUUCAGCAGAGUUUGUGUCAAGGAUCUGGUAUUGUGGAAUACAAUGAUUAUCGGCCUUCUGCAUAAUGGGAGAGGGAGUAAAGAAGCUCUUCAAAUGUUUUGGCAGAUGCUGAAAAGUGAUAUCCUUGGCCGGAAUAGAAUUACUCUUGGAGUUUUAUCUGCUUGUAUGCCCUGGUCGUGCCUGGUUGAGGAAGGAAUGCGAUUAAUUUCCAUGUUUAAAUCCAAUUAUCAUGUUGUUCUUGGUUUGGAGCACAACGCAUGUGUGGUUGACAUGUUAAGCCGUGCAGGAUUGUUUAGUGAGGCAGUAGAUUUUGCAGAGAACAAGCUGCAGAAGUGUAAUGUCGCGGCUUUUUCCAAUAUUCUUGAGGCGUGCGUGAUUCAAGGGGAUUUUGACAUGGCAGAGUUAGUUGCCGAGAAGAUGGUGACACUGAAACCUCGGUCCUCACUGCCAUAUAUUGUUUUGGCCCAAACAUAUGGUGCCAGAUGUAAGUGGGAUAGCAUGGCCAGAAUGUGGAGGGCAAUGGAAGAUCAAGGAGCAAAGAAGGUUCAGGGGUAUAGCUGGCUCUGUAUCAAGAAUGAAAUGCAUGUGUUUACAUCUUCACAAAUAUUGCCUCAUGGAAGAGAGAGUUACAGAUGCAGUGUUAGAUCUGUUGUUUUGGGACAUGAUGGAUCACAAAUAUGUGCUCAUGGAUGUGUUGACUGUUGA